UACCUUGAUUCGGAUGUUCAUUAUCUUAGCUCCGGCGUUUGGGAGGAUUUUGGUCAACUAUAUGACUAUUUGAAAAAUCGCAUCGAUUUUGUGGGUCCAUUGGAAAAUUACAAGUUCAUUGUUGGUGAUAAAGAAAUGAAUUUUGGUUGGUCAAAAAUGAAAAUUAUCGACUUCCUUAAACAACAAAAAUGUUCGAUUGAUAAUCCAGUCAAGAUAUCUGAUAAAAAAAAAG